AUGGCCGGCGGGCUGUCCCUCGACGACCCCAUAUCCACCAUCAUAGCCCACGCCGUCCACAACCUCACAUCCAUCCACCAAGCCCGGCCCAUCCUCCUCGCCUCGCCCGCCUUCCUCCCUGCUACCACCGCUAAUAAUAAUGAUAAUGAUGAUCCCGAGGCCGAAGAACCCGUGCUGACAACCAUCGCCACGGAAACCGACCGACUCCUCGCCACCCUCCAGCUAAUCGACACCCUCCCGGCUCUGCACACGCCAUCUGUCAAGGCUCAUGCCCUGGCCAUUGCUAGGUUGGCGGCGUCGCAUUCGUCUGCUGUGAUGGUUAUGGCGGCUGAUAGUCUUACCAAUACCACGGCGACUACGGACCCCAGUAGCAAUGAGGAUAGUGGUGGAGGGAGAGGUGUAGGACCUGGUACUCAGUCCGGCGCCCAAGCCCACCUCGAAGUCCUCAGCCGACACCUACGAGACGCGCGGGAGGAGUUGGAUUCACUGGUGCGCGGUGUGCCGGUGGGUGUUCGCGGGCGGGCGGAGGAUGGGUUUUGGGUGUCGCGGAGGGAAGUGUGGGAGGUGCUGGGGAGGGUGAAGGAUGUUGUUGGUGGGGAGGAGAUGAGGGUGGUGGAGGUUUUGGGGGGCAGGUUGGGGGUUGAGGGGGAGGGAGACGACUUGAUAAAACUGGAUGAUGAAGAGGCCGCGAAACUGGGGUUGCCUCAGACGACGAGCGUUAAGGUUGAGCUGUGGCGGGCGGGUGUUAGUUAG